CGUCUUUUGUUUUGCCAUUGCUUGUCAACGGGGUGAAUUAUUUGUAAAUAAGUCGCCUUUGAUGGAAUAAUUCGCACGAUUGCCGGCUAACAUGGACCCUGUGGCCCUUCAGAAGCAAAUCAAGGACAACUCUGAGGACCUGACCAGGUUCCUGGGCGACCUGAACUCCUGGCAGGAAGACAUUAAGCAGAAGGAGAAGGAACUGGAGAAAAGCCGCAAUGACAACAAGAAUCAAAUUCCUCCUGUCCGAAGCAAGAAAAACAAAGGCAAAACAGCCAUUAAUAGUGACGAAGUCGAACCUUCCCCUUCGGAGGCUCCAAAAGUGCCCGAAGAGAAAUCAACCCCUAAUGGCCAAGCGUCUGGUUCAGAGUUCAUCAGCUACGACUUUGCAAAGGCGACCAGUGCUUACAACGAUGAGAGGGGUGGAAAACCCUUGGCGGACACAAUUUCAGACGCUGAAAAGCAAAAACGGCUGGAGGAAGCCAAUUAUGAGAAAGAAAAUGGCAACACCAACGUCAAAAACAAGAAGUGGAAGGAGGCUAUAGGUUGUUACACUAGGGCUAUUGCCUACGAUGCUACAAAUCCAAUUUUCUUUGCUAACAGAGCCCUUUGCUACCUCAAGAUUGAAAAAUUUGAAGGAGCCGUUGAAGAUUGUUCAAAGGCACUUGAACUUGACUCUAAUUAUGUGAAAGCCUACCUCCGAAGAGGCUCUGCAUUUACCAGCUUGAACGAACCAGAGUUGGCAAUCAAAGACCUGACCAUGGCUGUCAAACUAGAACCUGCCAAUAAAGAAGCAAGGAAGUGCCUGUUGGAAGCCAAAACGCUCAAGACAAAAUUAGACGCAAGUGAUAAUUCCAUGGUCGUAGCCAUCAGCAAGGCCCAUCAUGAGAGAUCUAAAGCUCCCCUGAAGAGAAUCAGUAUUACAGAGGUUGGCAGUUGCACCGAACCUCUUGUCAAGAAAAAGGAAACAGAAACUUCCGAGUCCAAAGAAAGACCAAGCAGCCUAGAAUUGAAUAAACCAAAUACGCCCUGCUCAUCUUCCAGAACUACCACUCCAAGAUCAAUACCUAGGACACCUAUAACUCCACUAAGUACCACACCUGUAUACCUUACGGAAAUUCCAGAAGCACCUAUAAACUCUGUCCAACUCACACUUACUUGGAGCCAACUGAGACCUGAAGACCGAUACAAAUACAUCUCCAAAAUUCCUGGAUCUUCUCUGCCGCAAGUGUUUGGGGAUUCUAUGGAAAGUGAAAUUUUCACUGAUGUUUUGAGAGCUCUGAAAUUGGCAGAAGAAGAUGAUCCUAUUGCCGAAUAUUUAUUUGGUCUUUCUGAAACCAAGAGAUUUGGAACUCUUUCCCUCUUCAUGAGCUCCAGCGACAGAUCAACUGUGCUAGAGUUGAUCCGGAGAAGUUUGGAAGCUCAGCAUAUCACAGAGAAAGAAGCCGCAGAUUUGAAAUCCAGAUUUGGCGUUUGAUCUCUUCACCAGCAAGGUAUUUACCCAUCCAAUUCAUCAAUGUUCAUUUAUAAGAAAUAAGCGUUAUUAAUUUGUGCUGCAUUAUUAAACAAAGGCAAAACAAGCUUAAAGAUAAAAAGAUUCUGUUU